AUGGAGUCUCCGCAAAAGAAGGCUGCAUCCAUGGACGGCAGCAAGAGCAAGACGCAGACGCCUCAUCUGCUGCCGGUGGCCGUGGCCAAGAAGACGCCACGUCCGGAUCUUGUCCGGUGGGUCAGCGCGUGGGCGCUCUUCACCGCCGGCGUCUUCGCCUUCUCCUUCGCCGUGGGCUCUGCAAUCGCCUACGCACUCGACCAUUUCCACGUCGCCUGCAGCCAGUCCUCCUUCUUCCUGCGGUGCGACCAGCUGACGGACGCGGCGGAAGCCGUGGUGAACGCCCUGGGGACCGGGAUGCUGUGCUGCGCCGCGCUCCAGGCGGCCGCGGCGGUGCUGGCGCUGCGUUUCCGGCGCUGCCGCCGCUCCCUCGCCUACCUCGCGCUCGCGCUCACCAUCGGCGGCCACUGCAUCUACGCCGCCAUAGCCCACCUCUUACUCGUCGCCGACCCAGGAGACCUCUUCUUCGGGAUCAGCUUUGCAGUGACCAUCGUCUUCUUCGCGGCGGGAGACAUCAUCAGCUUCCUGUACCUCCUCCUCGGCGGCGAGGACGAGGAGUAG